AUAGAAAGGAUGGUUUGGCAAACAGCGCUUCUUCUUCAGUUGGCGAGCCUUGCGGCAGCAACAAGAGCAGGGGACGUUGCUCUGCCCCACUGCCAAGCGAAGUGCGGAAACGUUAGCAUCCCCUACCCCUUCGGCAUCGGCCAAGGCUGCUUCCUCGAAGGCUUUGAAAUCAGGUGCAACAGGUCCUUCAACCCUCCCAAGCCCUUCCUCGGCCACGGUGAGACGGAUGUCGAAGAGAUCCUGCUUCUCCAGGGCCUGGUGGUCGUCAAUAAACGUAUAGCCCAUGACUGCUACUCCAAGAAUGGGAGCAGCAGCUAUAGCACGACCGCGUUCGCCAGGCUUGGCGAGGCCUUCAGGUUCUCCACAACCCGCAACAAGUUCGUGGCGAUCGGGUGCGACACCAUCGGACGCCCGGUGGAUGAGAACUCGAGGUUCGAGACCGGGUGUUUGUCGGUGUGCCGUAGCACUGGCUACAUCACUAAUGGUACGUGCAGCGGCAUCGGCUGCUGCGAAGCAGUUAUUCCAAACGAGCUCAGGUCCUUUAGGGUUUACGUCACCAGCUUUCGCAACCACACCGAUUGUUGGGAUUUCAACAAUUGCAGCUACGGUUUCUUGGCUGAUGAGCGGAGGCUAAACUUUAGCGUUGACAGCUUCUCUCGUCUUGCCGGUAAAAAACGCACGGCCGUGACGCUGGACUGGGCCAUAGGAAACAAGAGCUGCGAGGAAGCUCGCAAUAACCAGACUAGUUUUGCGUGCAAGGCCGAGCACAGCUACUGCGUGAACUCCACCAAUGGAGGGGGAUACCGCUGCAAUUGCUCGGAAGGAUUUGAAGGCAACCCUUAUCUUCAAGACGGAUGCCAAGACAUUGAUGAAUGUGCAUCUUCACCCUGCCUAGAAAGAUGUGAGAAUACCCCAGGAAGCUAUACCUGCUAUUGUCCUUGGCACAUGUAUGGAGAUGGCAAGAAAAAUGGAAGCGGCUGCAAAUCUAUAUCCAAGCUGCUCCACUGGGUCCUAAGUGCAGGGUUUGGUCUCUUAUUUCUAGCUGCCCUUGGUUCUUUGCUUUAUUUGAUUAUCAAGAAGAGAAGACACAUUAAGCUCAAAGAGAAGUUCUUCAAAAAAAAUGGAGGUCUUCUGUUACAACAGCAAAUCUCUUCACUGAAAGAUAGUGCUCCAUUGACAAGGAUGUUCACCAAAGAGGAGCUCAUAAAAGCAACAGACAACUACAUGGAGAGCCAUAUACUUGGCCAGGGUGGUGCCGGGACAGUUUAUAAAGGAAUUCUUUCAGAUAAAAGCAUUGUAGCAAUCAAGAAAUUCAGGAUAUCCGAUGAUAGCGAAAUCGGGGAUUUUGUAAAUGAGGUGGUGGUUCUUUCCCAAAUCAACCAUAGAAAUGUGGUGAGGCUCCUGGGAUGCUGCCUGGAAACCAGAGUUCCAUUGCUUGUUUUUGAAUUCGUGCCCAAGGGAUCGCUCUCUCACCAUUUACACAGUGAAGGUCAAAAAGGCUCAUUAUCCUUGGAGUGUCGUUUAAGGAUCGCAGCACAAGUAGCUGGAGCAUUGGCUUAUCUACACUCUGCAGCCUCCGUACCCAUUAUUCACAGAGAUGUUAAGCCGAGCAACAUACUCUUAGAUGAGAACUACACGGCUAAAGUAUCUGAUUUUGGAACUUCGAGGCUGGUUCCAUUCAAUCAGAAAUGACUGGAAUCUUUGAUCCGAGGGACCUUUGGAUACGUGGAUCCUGAAUACUUCCUCACUGGCAUGUUCAUUGACAAAAGUGAUGUCUAUAGUUUUGGGGUGGUUCUGGUUGAGCUCCUAACAGGUGACAAGCCAGUAGUACCAACAAAAUCUAUGGAGUUCACCAAUCUUGCCAUGCAGUUCAGUUCUCAUGUGAAGGAGGGCCAUCUUUUGAAGAUUCUGGAGGAACGUGUGAUGCAAGAAGGAUCCCCUGAGCUGCUGGUAGCCAUUGCAGAGCUUGCAAACCGAUGUCUUAGAUUGAAGUGGGAAGAAAGGCCAGCCAUGAAAGAAGUCGCCAUGGAGCUAGAGGGGCUGAGAACAUCUUGCAAGAAUCCUUGGAUUAAAAAAAGCAAAGAAGAGGAAGACCAUUUGUUGAUGGCAGCUGAAUGCUCCACAAGUGGUACUUUUGGUGAGGGUGAUUCUUCAAAACAGAUCAUGCUGUCAUUCAAUAUCUCACGAUGAUUGGAUUGAGUUUAAGUGUUCUGAGAUUUGAUCUUCUGCGUGUUCUAUAUCUUAUUCUAAAGGUAAGGAGACAGCAACAUGGCAGAACCAAAGAUUCUGAGAACUGAAUAACUCUUUUCCCUGUGUUCUAUAGGUUUAUGUGUUACUUCAUCAACUUGUGUAUUAAGCAAAAAGCUUAUUAGGUCCACCAUCUUGGUUGUCCCAAAUCUGCAGCUCAGAUGUAUGUACACACAUAUGUCUAUCCCAUUACAUUGAGGAAUUCUACCGAACGUUGUUCUUCACCAAGGUAA